UUGACGGUCCGGAGGGAAAUUACAUCAGAAUGUCAUUAUUAGGAAAGGACAUGGGUCUACAUCAGUAAAAUGUGUGUUAAAUGUGUUAUUUCUGGCGGAAACUAUCGGUUGUAUCGCGCAGUUUGAUUUCAAAUGUGCACUUUCGGACAUUUUAUGUUUGACAGUUGGCGCGCCCAUUCAUGUUGACACGUCAGAUGCAACCGGCAAGACCAGAUAGUUUUUUCUAAUGGAGUUCACAACACGACGCAUGCAUUGUAAAGAACACGGCUUACCGUAGUAGCACAUUUUUUCAUUGUUCAAACAGUGCUCAAGACAUUUCAUUUAGCCUUCAACCAAAACAACAGCAAUGUGGCUAAAGCUCGUGCUUGUAAUCAUUUAUGUGAUGGUUUUGUUCUUUCUGGCUCGUAUCCUCGAGACUGUGACCUGGAUAGAGUCUGGUAACAUAUCCCGUCGACUUUUGGAUCCAAUGGCGAUGUCAGUACUUCAGUUGAAGGCUCUGCUCGAGCAUAGGGGAAUUAGUUAUGAGGGUGCAGUGGAAAAAAGGGAGCUAUCCGACCUUGUAGAGUCCACAGGUACUGUCAUGGAAGAAACAAACUCAGAGGCAGUCCUAGAGGAAAAUACCAGUGUGACCAACUUCACAGGGGAAGCCCAUUUCUUGGAACAAGUAGAAGACUCAAAAGACAGUGUGUGGCUGGUGGAAGUUCUCAACAAAGGUCGCCAAAUCAGUGCUAUCUCUGAUACAAACUGGCUAGAAUUUCGAAAAAAGAUGUCGAGAUUUGGAGUCAAUGUAGGAAUGUUUGACUGUCGUUUAGAUAAAAGAUUUUGCUCCAAGAAAAAGUGGCAUGAUUCUCACCUCAUUCUUGGUCUUCCUCAAGAAUUCAAAACGAAAGCAGUUGUUAAGUUGUACAGUUAUGAUGGCCAGUAUCGUCAACAGAAUAUAUUCAAUUGGAUAAAAGAGACAAUGUCUAAAAAGGUCUUUCAGAUCCGCUCAUAUGAAGAACUAAAGAGUGAAUGGUUAAAAUUUAAUGACACUGAUUCAACUGCUGAGAUUCGGAUGGUUAUGAUUUCCGAUAUCAUGAGUCCACCGCUGUUUUUCUCAGCGGUAAGCAUCAAAUUUCCUGGGAGAGUGAAGUUUGGUCUUAUGAACAAUAAAUCCCUGCUUAAGAAAGACAUAUUGAAAGAGUUUGACUGGGGUAUUCCACCUAAAUACAUCAUUGUUACAGUAGAAAAAGUGGCUGUAUAUGGUAAUAAACCAAUAGAAAACAAAACAUACAAAUCCAUGGAUUUUUUUUUGAAGACUCUAUACCCAAGUUUGAAUGAUAUUUUUGUUUUGAGUUUAGCACUUUGUAAUUUGACAAGUCUUUUUGAACCAUUUCUUGUGCAAGGAUCAGUGUUAAAAAGAUUUUUUAAGUUUAUUUGUUGUAUCUUAAAAAAUAACAUUGUUCUUUUGUUGACUUGGAUAAUAUUGUUGACAGUUUUCCAACUCCAUACAAUCUCAUUUAUGAUAGAAUAUGGAUUGAAAUGCAUACGGAUUCUUGGACUUUCAGAACUUGGUUCAUACAUAAGACAAGCUUAUUGUUUUUACACCGCUCAUAAAUAUUUUGGCGGGUUUUCAUUUGUGAUGUAUGCUUCCAUUGUGGGAUUUUUGGCUUACAGAUUCAAAGAUCACGAAACUGAGCAACUUAAUCCAAAUGAGUGGAACUUUUCUGAAUUUCAAACAUUGCAACAUUUGUUUUUUCCAACUACACGUCUGUUGGCAUCUGAGAGAAGCAGAUUUGUUCAUUAUGAAAAUGGUGCUGAUGAUGAAGCUUCAUCUACCUUUUCGAUGGAAUACAUCCGCAAUCUUCCUGUUUGGAAUCACAGACCACUUCCUAUUAUCAGCUAUAGGAAUGGAAGUUCUCGGAGGAUGUCAGCCCACGGUGAUUCAGACAUCAGUGAAAAUAAAGUCAUCUCAACAGAUUGUCAAGUUAACCAAAAUGAAAAACAGAGUAACAGUACUUGUUCUGUAGAUGGCAGGGAGGAGAUACCACAAUCAAAGUCUGAUAUGCAGAUUAAUAAGAAAGAAGAUGAUAUGGAGACAAGUGAUGAGAAAUCCAUGCAAAGGUCUGAUAAUGCUAAAGAUGCUAACUCAGAGCUAGUAGUAAACUCAAAUCCAAAGCCUAUCUGUGAUGAUGACAUGAAGCUAAAUGGGAUGCUGUGUGGGGCUCCUGAAGGGAUGCUGGUAGAAAUUCAAUGUGGCAUCUGUAUUGAAGAAUAUGUGGCAGAUGCAGUACUGUGUGGGCUUCCCUGUGGUCAUUGUUUCCACCAUAACUGUAUCCUUACUUGGCUUUAUAAAGAUAACCAAUCCUGUCCAAUUUGUCGCGGGCCAUCUUACAUACAGACGCAGUCAGUUCAUCUUCACCAAGAAUAGAAACAAGAGUUGACACAUCUAUUUUUCUAAAUGACUUCAAGUAAAUUUUCAAAAUCUCAUUAUGUUUUAUUGAAGAAAUAUGUAAAGUUGUUAUGAAAUAUGAUGUUCAAACCUUCAAGCAUUGAUUUUGAAAAACUAAAACACAAGAAGCCUGGUGGGGGUUGGGAACUGAAAUUAUGUAGGUGAAUGCUUUGAAUGAUAAUUGACUGUUUGAUCCUACCAUUACUAGGUCUUACAGUCAUGCUAAUCGUAUUUCUCAAAAAAGUACUAGUGUAAUCUUUCUCUAAUAAUACUUGUGUAAGUUGCUCUUUGAUAAACAGAUGUCAUUUGGGACUGAUGGAAUACAUGAAAUUAAUGUUUAGAUUAAGACUUCUCAGUAUUAUUUCUCAGAAAAUACUCUGCUAUUUACAUCAAUACAACCUUGAUUCCUUGUCCCUCUGAAAAUGUCAUGUAUGAUACAAACUUGUUGUCAAAUUCAUAUAAGUUAUCAGAAUCAGAAAACUAUGAGGGAGUAAUUUUAUCUCGCCUGGGAUGGAAAGACUUAGAUAUGCCAUUACUAGAUAUAGGGAAGAGAUUAGUUUUGUGUAUUCAUUCAUGCAUGUCGUGCGACAUCCAUCAUAAGCAAGCUUUGUAUAUGAUAUCUUCUUCCUAUUUACCCAUAUAUACCUGUACUUAGAUGUUAUUAGAAGUUACAAAUGCUUGUGUAACGUUGCAAGAACACUGAUGUUUGUCAUUGAGAUAACACUUAGACGGAAAACCUGUAACCAACCAAACAAACUUUAAACAUUGAUAGACAUUUUUGUCAGACAUCACUUUCAUCAUAUAUCAUAACAUCCAGCUAUGUAUAUUUGAUCAGAUUCUUAUAAUCAGUGGUUAAGGAGAAAGGGUCAGGUGUCACAUUUACCUCUAAAUUGAGUGGGGAAAAAAUGCUGAAGUUUGACAUUGUGAUGUGCAAUAUCGGGCCAUAGAGUUUUAUGCCUGAUGGUUCAGUCUUGGGCCAUAAAAGGCAUUCAAAUAAGGUUGGUACCUUUUCUUUCUCACUUCAUCAGUGGUCAGUCAGUCAGUAAACAGCUAUUGUUAAGGCUAAUUCUUGGAAAGCAUGGGAUGGAUCGUUCUACAAUAUAUGAUGUAAAUUAACACUUUGGUCCCUAGUUGUGCAUAGUCCACUUUGGGAUAGAUUGGAAUAUCAAGAUAGCUGACAGAUGGCCAUCUUUGAGACCUAUUGGAAAGAAGAGAAAAUAAGAGAAAAAUCAAAGUGAUGAAAAUCUACAGGUAUUACAGAUUAUUCAAUGAUGAAUAAUGAAAUCACUCUAUGGUUUCUUGCUGUGCCUGACUUGGUUUGAAAUAGAAAAUGAAGAAAUCUCUCUAUUAUAGCCAGUAAUUGGUACAGAUAUUUUUGUUUGGUUGCACAUAUUCAGUACAUAAAAUCCUUCUCCCUACAACAGUUAUCUGAAGUAGCUAGAUAUAACAGGAUUGUUAUACUAUUCAAUACAUAGAAUCCUUGUCCCUACAACAGUUAUCUGAAGUAGCUAGAUAUAACAGGAUUGUUAUACUAUUCAAUACAUAGAAUCCUUGUCCCUACAACAGUUAUCUGAAGUAGCUAGAUAUAACAGGAUUGUUAUACUAUUCAAUACACAGAAUCCUUGUCCCUACAACAGUUAUCUGAAGUAGCUGUAUAUACAGGGUAGAGAGAUUGGACAAUAAUAAUUCUUUUACUACGAAUAUGGUAUCUUACUUUAUAACUUGCUGGAUAUGUCAUCUUAAAUCAUUCCACACACAUACAUAUAGGUUGAAAAAUGAUUACUUUUUAUAAUAUGAUUAUCAUUGAUUAUCUUUCAAUUUAAUCAAUAGUUACAUUAAAACUUACUCUCUUCCACAGAUUUUUAUUGUCAAAAAUGGUUAAAAAAUUUUAAAAAGUGUCAUAGCAAUUAUGAUCAAGAAAGUAUUCAAAACAGAGAUAGGUUCACACAGAUGUACCAAAAGUAUUGUGUACACAGAUGUACAUUGUAAUCAUGAUAUAAAAGUAUUGUGUACACAGAUGUACAUUGUAAUCAUGAUAUAAAAGUAUUGUGUACACAGAUGUACAUUGUAAUCAUGAUAUAAA